AUGGUGUCCCUGUCAACGCUUCCUGGACUUCCUCCCAGUUCUCAAUUUGUCUUGACAAUGGGGCAGUAUGAAUCCUCACCUGACCGCUCUCCAGUUGACUCUCUGGAUAUAAAAUAUUUCAAAACAUUUCCAUUAACAUUGAGGUUAGUAGUCUUAGUUAUCGUUGUCGCUUGUGGAAUAUACAUUAGCUCAAUUUCUUUAGUGCAAAAAGGUAUACACACUAGAACCAGAUUGCUAGACAUCUCUGUCAUCAAUCAGCCAUGUCAUCAUCCUUCUAGUGUGGAAGAAUGGGAACUGCCUUACUUGCAUUAUCCAGAACCAAAAACCUAUAGCAGAAAGGAGUGUGCUUGCAAUCCUGUUAGGUUCUUUUGCAUCGUGUCAAUGCAAAGAUCCGGGAGUGGUUGGUUUGAAACAUUCUUGAACAGUCACAUAAAUGUAAGUUCCAAUGGAGAAAUAUUUUCAAUAGGCAAAAGAAGGGCCAACGCUUCUUCAAUUUUGAAGACAAUGGAUAAAGUAUAUAAUCUUGAUUGGUUCACUAGUGCUUCUAAGAAUGAGUGCUCUGCAGCUGUUGGCUUCAAGUGGAUGCUUAAUCAGGGUUUAAUGGAGUAUCAUACGGAAAUUGUGGAAUACUUUGAACGGAGACAAGUUUCUGCAAUAUUCCUAUUCAGAAGGAAUUUGCUUCGUAGAAUAGUAUCAGUGCUAGCAAAUUCCUAUGACAAAAGUGCCAAGCCCUUGAAUGGAACCCACAAGUCUCACGUGCACUCUCCAUUGGAGGCUAAAAUUCUUGCCAAUUAUAGGCCACAUAUCAAUGUCACGUUACUGAUAUCAGAGCUAAAGCUAACAGAGGAGACAGCUGCAAAAGCAAUUGCAUACUUCAAGAACACUCGCCAUAUUGUUCUCUACUACGAGGAUCUUGUCAACAACCGCACUAAACUGAAGGAUGUUCAAGAAUUUCUAAGGGUGCCAUACAGACAACUGGAGAGCCGUCAAGUGAGGAUUCAUACUGCCCCAUUGUCAAGACAAAUUGAGAACUGGGAGGAAGUCCAGGAAGCGUUGACAGGGACACCAUACCAGCGGUUUCUCUCCAAAGACUAG